AGAGUUGCGCGCGAGAGAGGUGCGCGCGCACACACACACACUCACACACAUUCUCUCACACACACACAGACCCGCACGCGGAGCUGAGCGAGCGCGAGAGCAGAGUGUGUGUGAGAGACGAAGACGGAUAGAAUGGGGCACGCGGCACUGCUGGAAUUAUAACCAAACAACAACUAACUAACAACAGGGAGAACAACCCGGCGGACACAGCAACUCUCUCUCUCUCUGAGGGGAAACUCGGAGCCAUGCACGCGCUCGUCCUGGGUCUGGUGCUCGCGCUCGCACGCGCUGCCGGAGGCCAAAACACAGCAGUUCAAAUGGGACACGCUGAAAAAGGCGGUUGUUCAUUUGAUGAUGGUCCAGCGCAGUGUGAUUACCAGCAGGACCCAUACGAUGACUUUGACUGGACCCAUGUCAGCGCUCAGGAAGUGCCGUACCUGUCCUCAGAACUACCUCAAGGCUCCUAUAUGAUGGUGGACUCCUCUCAGCACGACCCUGGAGAGAAGGCUCGUCUGAUGCUGCCGGUGAUGAAGGAGAACGACACGCACUGCAUCGACUUUAACUACCUGCUGUACAGCUCAGACGCCUCCAGCCCCGGGACCCUCAACAUCCUGGUGAAGGUCAAUAAAGGACCACUGGCCAACCCCAUCUGGAACAUCACCACACACACCGGCAAAGACUGGAAGAAGGCCGAGCUGGCCGUCAGCACCUUCUGGCCCAAUGAGUACCAGGUGAUAUUUGAGGCCGAGGUCGCGAAUGGAAGGAGGGGUUUUAUUGCUGUCGAUGACAUUCAGGUGUUGAGUUAUCCAUGCGAUAAAUCACCUCAUUUCCUGCGUUUGGGGGAUGUGGAGGUGAACGCUGGUCAGAACGCCACCUUCCAGUGUAUCGCCACAGUCCGAGACGCCGUCAACAACAAACUCUGGCUACAGAGGCGUAACGGUGAGGACAUCCCCGUGGCCGAAAAGAAGAACAUCAACCACAGGAAGUUUGCCGCAUCCUUCCGACUCAAAGAAGUGACCAAUCAGGACCAGGAUUUGUACAGAUGUGUCACCCAGUCAGAGAGAGGCUCUGGGGUGUCCAACUUCGCUGGACUCAUCGUCAGAGAGCCCCCGAGGCCUAUUGCUCCUCCUCAGCUGUUGGGUGUGGGUCCAACUUAUCUCCUCAUCCAGCUCAACGCCAACUCCAUCUUCGGUGACGGCCCAAUCAUCCUGAAGGAGGUGGAGUAUCGCAUGACCUCUGGGACGUGGACCGAGACUCACGCGGUCAACUCGCCCAACUACAAGCUGUGGCAUCUGGAUCCGGACACAGAGUACGAAAUCCGGGUGCUGCUGACCCGGCCGGGAGAGGGGGGCACCGGCCAACCCGGACCAGCUUUAAUCACACGCACCAAGUGUGCAGAACCGAUGCGGACCCCCAAGACCCUGAAGAUCGCUGAGACUCAGGCUCGCUUCAUCGCUGUGGACUGGGAGUCUCUGGGCUACAACAUCACCCGCUGCCACACCUUCAACGUCACCAUCUGCUACCACUACCUCACCAGCAGGAACCUGACCAAGAGCGACUGCCUGGACAUGGACCCCAAAGCCCCCCGACACGUGGUGGACCACCUGCCCCCCAACACCAACAUCAGCCUCAAAAUGAUCCUCACCAAUCCAGAGGGGCGCAAGGAGAGUGAGGAGACCGUCAUACAGACCGAGGAGGACGUUCCUGGCCCUGUUCCCAGCGCCUCUCUAAAAGCAACUCCGUUUGAGGAUCGAAUCUUUCUGCACUGGAAAGAGCCUCUGGAGCCCAAUGGGAUCAUUACACAGUAUGAGAUCAGCUACAGCAGCGUGCGUUCGUUUGACCCCUCAGUUCCGCUGUUGCGCCCCCCGGUGAUGGUGUCGUUACCCUGGAACGCCUCCCACCAUGUUUUCUCUCAGCUCCACCCGGGAACCACCUACCAGUUCCUCAUCAGAGCUAGAACCAGCAAGGGCUUCGGACUCCCAACCACCAUCAACAUCACCACUAAUAUAUCAGCUCCCACUCUGGAGGAGUAUGACGGCUCUGAGGCAUUUCUGAACGAAACGGCCACCACCAUCACUGUCCUGCUUAAACCUGCACAGGCCAAAGGAGCACCCAUCAGUGCGUAUCAAAUCGUGGUGGAGGAGUUGAACCCCCACCGGACCCGGCGCGAGGCCGGCAGCGUGGACUGUUACCAGGUUCCUGUGUCCUACCAAACCGCAGCCAGUGGGGGGUCACCCUAUUACUUUGCUGCAGAACUUCCUCCCGGGAACCUCCCAGAACCUUCUCCAUUUACUGUGGGAGAUAAUAAAACAUACCACGGCUACUGGAACGCCCCACUGGCCCCACGCAAAAACUACAACAUCUACUUUCAGGCGGUCAGCAGCGUGGAGAAGGAAACGAAAACGCAGUGUGUGAGAUUGGCAACUAAAGGAGCUACAGAGGAGCCAGAGGUGAUUCCUGACCCAGCGAAGCAGACUGAUCGUGUGGUGAAAAUUGCUGGAAUCAGCGCCGGAGUGCUGGUGUUUAUUCUUCUGCUGCUGGUGGCCAUUCUGCUGGUCAAGAAAAGGAGGACCUACUAUUCUUACUCAUAUUACCUGAAACUGGCAAAGAAACGUAAGGACGCCAUUGGAAACACCAGGCAGGAGAUGACUCACAUGGUGAACGCUAUGGAUCGCAGUUACGCUGAGCAAAGCACUCUCCACGCCGAGGACCCCAUGUCCGUCACCUUCAUGGACUCCCACACCUUCAACAAUCGAUUGCCCAACGACCCCCUCGUGCCCACAGCGGUGCUAGUGCCCAUCACUGAUGAGAAUCAUGCAGCAGCAGCGGAGAACAGUCGGCUGCUGGACGUGCCGCGUUAUCACUGCGAGGGCACGGAGUCUCCAUACCAAACUGGUCAGCUUCACCCGGCCAUCAGAGUGGCUGAUCUGCUCCAACACAUCAACCUGAUGAAGACCUCCGACAGCUACGGGUUUAAGGAGGAGUACGAGAGCUUCUUUGAGGGCCAGUCGGCUUCCUGGGACGUGGCGAAGAAAGAGCAGAAUCGCACCAAGAACCGCUAUGGAAACAUCAUUGCAUACGAUCAUUCUAGAGUAAUCCUGCAGCCAAUGGAAGACGACCCGUCGUCCGACUACAUUAAUGCCAACUACAUAGACGUAAGUGGCGAUGCCUCCCCCCCCUCCAUUGGCGAAGGUGUCAGAAACAGCUCUCCCUCGCUCAUUUGGCUGUACAGGGAUGGUUACCAGCGGCCGAGUCAUUACAUCGCAACCCAAGGUCCGGUCCACGAGACCGUUUACGACUUCUGGAGGAUGAUCUGGCAGGAACAGUCUGCCUGUAUCGUCAUGGUAACCAACCUGGUGGAGGUGGGACGGGUGAAAUGUUACAAGUACUGGCCUGAUGAUGCGGAGGUGUACGGAGACUUUAAAGUUACGUUUGUGGAGGUGGAGCCUUUGGCUGAGUACGUUGUGCGCACCUUUACUCUGGAGCGGAGGGGCUUUAAUGAGCUGAGGGAGGUGAAGCAGUUUCAUUUCACUGGCUGGCCUGAUCACGGUGUACCGUAUCACGCCACGGGACUACUUUCUUUCAUCCGCCGAGUCAAAAUGUCCAACCCACCCAGCGCAGGGCCGAUAGUGGUCCACUGCAGUGCUGGAGCGGGCAGGACAGGAUGUUACAUCGUGAUUGACAUCAUGCUGGACAUGGCGGAGAGGGAGGGGGUGGUGGACAUUUAUAACUGUGUUAAAGCGCUGCGGUCCAGACGCAUCAACAUGGUUCAGACUGAGGAGCAGUAUAUAUUCAUCCAUGAUGCCAUUCUGGAGGCGUGUCUGUGUGGAGAUACAGCCAUACCAGCGUGUGAGUUCAAAGCAGCGUAUUACGACAUGAUCCGCAUCGACUCCCAGAGCAACUCCUCACACCUCAAAGACGAGUUCCAGACGCUGAACUCUGUGACCCCUCAGCCCCAGCCUGAGGACUGUAGUAUAGCCCUGCUGCCCCGAAACCACGACAAAAACCGUUUCAUGGACAACCUGCCCCCAGACCGCUGCCUUCCCUUCCUCAUCACCAUUGAUGGAGAGAGCAGCAACUACAUUAAUGCUGCACUCAUGGAUAGCUAUAGGCAGCCCGCAGCCUUCAUUGUGACGCAGCACCCCCUGCCCAACACAGUGAAGGAUUUCUGGAGGCUGGUCUACGACUACGGCUGCACCUCCAUCGUCAUGCUGAAUGAAAUCGACCUGGCUCAGGGCUGUCCUCAGUACUGGCCGGAGGAGGGCAUGUUGAGAUACGGGCCAGUUCAAGUGGAGCGCGUUUCCUGCUCUAUGGACUGUGAUGUCAUCAGUCGCCUCUUCAGAAUAUGCAACUUGACCAGACCUCAGGAGGGCUACCUGAUGGUGCGUCAGUUCCAGUACUUGGGGUGGGCGGGGCAUAGAGAAGUCCCCGCCUCCAAGCGGUCGUUCCUGAAGCUGAUCCUGCAGGUGGACAAAUGGCAGGAGGAGUGUGAGGAGGGCGAGGGGCGUACGAUCGUUCACUGCCUAAACGGCGGAGGCCGCAGUGGGAUGUUCUCAGCCAUCAGUAUUGUGUGUGAAAUGAUAAAGAGGCAGAAUGUGGUGGAUGUGUUUCAUGCAGUGAAAAGCCUGAGGAACAGCAAACCCAACAUGGUGGACAGCCCGGAACAGUACCGGUUCUGCUAUGACCUGGCGCUGGAGUACAUCGAAACCUCGUAAUGGAAAAGUGGUGAAGGACUUUCUUCUCGCUGUUCACCCGUCCGGACUUUUCCCGGACCCCUCGUCAGUUCAUUCAAGGCAUUAUUGUUGUUGUAAAUUGUAACAGAAGCUGUCCGAGAGGCACGCUCAUCAUUUUCCCCGUGUACAGUGCUACAGGAUCCAAGUGCCGACCAUCAUGCCACAUUCUCUGUAACGUCUUUUUUCUUUUGUUUGUUUAUGUUUUUAUUUUUCGUUUUGUUUUUUAUGCAUCUUGAGAUAAAUAUAUUUUUUUGUUUGUUUGUUUGGUUGUUUUGUUUCUAUGCAGCCAUUGUUAACACUGAGGCCAAGCUGUUGCAUGAUAAAAGUGUUCUUUAUUUCUCUCUCUCUCUCUCUCUAUGUCACUGUUACUGUCAGUGAAUAUGAUUAUAUCAGUAUACGUAUAUAGAAUAUCCAUCGUUGUGUGAAAAAGUAAAGAGAAAAAAAUAAUGUUCAUCCAUGAAUCGGAGUGCAGCCUGUGACAUUGGCUUGGUAUUGUUUGUAUUGUGCACUAAUGGCUGGGCUUAUUACAUUUUUUUUUAUUUGUUUGUUUAUUUGUUUCUGUUCAUGCUUAUGUCUUAUUUUUUGUUAACUUUGUUUAUUUUUUGGUUUUGUUUGGUUUGUUUUGUUUCUUUGUAGCAGAGCUAUAAUCAUAAGCCAAAGACUCAUGUAAAUAUGUCUAUAUAGAUAAAGCACAUUGUUUGUAUUUAUUGUUUACUUGCAUUCCUUUUUUGAAGGCUCAAAACAAUCAUUGCCAUUCCAAGUUGUUUACCCAAUUUUUUUUUUCUGUAAACAUUUUAUUGUAGAUUUGUUUUGUUUUUUAGUUUCAUUUCAAUAGUAGUGUUUUAGUUUUGUAUUUUAUUUUUAAGUUUGAACUUUUAGCUGUGAUGUUAAGGUGGUUUAUUAUUAUUUUUUUAUUUUGUUUGUGUAAAAUGAUUGUGAAUUGUAUCUUUACCGCAACUGUUUCAGCGAAGGCCCCGGAGAACAGAAGAAUUAAUUUUUUCCGACGUUUUCGCUCUUGUGUUGGACUCUUUGAGAGGAAGCGGAAGAGUAACGGACGAGUACAGGAGUGUUUAUUCCGUCUGCACAGUAUUAAACUGCAGUAUGUUUAGAGGAAGACACAGCCAGCGCCUCCAUGAUGGACCUGAAUGGCGGUUUUAUACAGUGAGGGAGGACAGAUUAUUAAUAAUGUGAUCUUAAUCAUGCAUAAUCCUUUUUGUCUGUAGUUGUUGGCUUAAUGGCUGUAAUGAAACCAGUAAAACACUUUUAAUAAAAAAGACAUAAUGUACCGAUUGUA